AUGGGCGCCUAUCUCUAUGGGCGCAUAUCUCUAUGGGCGCCUAUCUCUACGGGCGCCUAUCUCUAUGGGCGCCUAUCUCUAGGGGCGCCUAUCUCUAGUGGCGCCUAUCUCUAUGGGCGCCUAUCUCUAGGGACGCCUAUCUCUAUGGGCGCCUAUCUCUAUGGGCGCCUAUCUGGGCGCCUAUCUCUAUGGGCGCCUAUCUCUAUGGGCACCUAUCUCUAUGGGCGCCUAUCUCUAUGGGUGCCUAUCUCUUUGGGCGCCUAUCUCUAUGGGCGCCUAUCUCUAGGGGCGCCUAUCUUUAUGGGCGCCUAUCUCUAUGGGCGCCUAUCUCUAUGGGCGCCUAUCUCUAGGGGCGCCUAUCUCUAUGGGCGCCUAUCUUUAGCGGCGCCUAUCUCUAGGGGCGCUUAUCUCUAUGUGCACCUUUCUCUAUGGGCGCCUCUCUUCAGGGGCGCCAAUCUCCAGAGGCGCCUAUCUCUUUGGGCGCCAAUCUCUAUGGGCGCCUAUCUCUAUGUGCGCCUAUCUCUAGGGGCGCCUAUCUCUAUGGGCGCCUAUCUCUAUGGGCGCCUAUCUCUAGGGGCGCCUAUCUCUAUGGGCGGGUGCCUAUCUCUAGGGGCGGCUAUCUCUAGGGGCGCCUAUCUCUAUGGGCGCCUAUCUCUAGGGGCGCCUAUCUCUAUGGGCGCCUAUCUCUAUGGGCGCCUAUCUCUAUGGGCGCCUAUCUCUACGGGCGCCUAUCUCUAUGGGUGCCUAUCUCUAGGGGCGCCUAUCUCUAGUGGCGCCUAUCUCUUUGGGCGCCUAUCUCUAGGGGCGCCUAUCUCUAUGGGCGGGCGCCUAUCUCUAGGGGCGCCUAUCUCUAUGGGCGCCCAUCUCUAUGGGCGCAUAUCUCUAUGGGCGCCUAUCUCUACGGGCGCCUAUCUCUAUGGGCGCCUAUCUCUAGGGGCGCCUAUCUCUAGUGGCGCCUAUCUCUAUGGGCGCCUAUUUCUAGGGGCGCCUAUCUCUAUGGGCGCCUUUCUCUUUGGGCGCCUAUCUCUAUGGGCGCCUAUCUCUAUGGGCGCCUAUCUCUAUGGGCGCCUAUCUCUAUGGGCGCCUAUCUCUAUGGGCGCCUAUCUCUAUGGGCGCCUAUCUCUAUGGGCGCCUAUCUCUAGGGGCGCCUAUCUCUAG